UCCUUCGUAUUGCAGCAAAUUGGGUCGAAGCAUCUUUGCAGUAACUCGGUAUGUGAUUUUCGUGUUCAUUCUGAAAUUUUAGGGUUUCGUCAGAUUGCAGAAUUUGGGAACUUUUGUCUGAGAUAGCAUUUGGAAAUUUGUUUCUGAAAUGGCAAGUAAUAGAGAUGAUUCCCUUCAAUCCAUUAGUGUGAGGUUAGAUGGAAAGAAUUAUUCUUAUUGGAACUAUGUGAUGAAAAAAAAUUUGAAAGGGAAAAAGAUGUGGGGUUAUGUUUCUGGAACUUUGGUUAAACCAACAAAUGACAAAGCGGAUUAUGCAACUUUGCUAGAAAAUUGGGAAGUGGAUAAUUAAAAAAUUAUUACUUGGAUAAACAACUCUGUAGAACACUCCAUAGGUACCCAACUAGCCAAGUAUGAAACAGCGAAGGAAGUUUGGGACCAUCUUGCAAGGCUGUAUACUCAGUCUAACUUUGCAAAGCAAUAUCAAUUAGAAUAAGAUAUUAGAGCUCUUGAACAGAAAGAUAUGAGUAUUCAAGAGUUCUAUUCAGUUAUGACAGAUCUAUGGGAUCAAUUGGCCCUUACUAAAUCUGCAGAAUUACGAGCUUUUGCACCAUAUAUUGCUCGUAGGGAGGAACAACGAUUGGUUCAGUUUUUGAUGGCACUUCGUGAUGACUUUGAGGGACUCCGUGGCUCUAUUUUGCAUCGUUCUCCACUUCCUUCGGUUGAUUCAGUAGUUAGUGAACUAUUGGCAGAUGAAAUUCGUAUUAAGUCUCAAGCAGGAAAAGGCAUCCUCCCAGCACCCAGUCCCUCUGUUUUGGUAGUUCCUCCUCGACACUUUACUCACCAUGAGAAUAAACCUCACACAAAGGUUGGAGUUGAUGAAUGCAGCUUUUGCAAACAAAAAGGUCACUGGAAGGCUCAGUGUCCUAAAUUAGUAAAUCGUGCACCUCAGCAACAAAGACAUCAACUCAGACCUCCUCAAUUCGGUAAUCAAUCGCCUCAUUAUGGUAGCCAACCACAGUUUGGCAACCACUCACAACCUCGACCAUACCGUCCUCCGCAAUUUAAUGCUGCUGCUACUGUACCUCCAUCUGACUCGUAUGAUUUUGGGGCCUCAUCUUCCAAUCCUGCUCUUGCUGCCCUCUCAGAACAGUUUCAGAAGUUUCUUACCAUGCAGCCACAUGCCAUGUCCGCCUCUUCUUCGGUAGGUCAGCCCCCUACUAGCUCUUCAGGAUCCGCAGUCUCAGAAGCUGAUUGGGACCGGCCGUAGGCGGGGGUGUUUAUAUGUUUUGGAUGAGCUGAAAUUACCAGUAUUUGCAGCUCCUAGUGUUGAUCUGUCUUCCUUUCGAUUGUCUCCAUCAUCGUCUAGUUUUUAUUUAUGGCACUCUCGCCUUGGUCAUGUUUCAGCUUCCCGUUUAAGAUUCUUAGCUUCUACAGGAACCUUAGGAGAUUUGCAAGUUCAUGAUAUUUCUGAUUGUAGUGGUUGUAAACUUGCAAAAUUUUCUGCUUUACCUUUCAGUAAAAGUACUUCAUGUUCUGUUGCACCUUUUGACUUAGUUCAUUCUGAUGUGUGGGGACCCUCUCCUAUUGCUACAAAAGGAGGGUCUAGAUAUUAUGUCUCUUUUGUUGAUGAUCACACUCGAUUUUGUUGGGUUUUUCUAAUGAAAUGUCGUUCUGAUUUC